GAGAAACAAUGGAGAAUCCAUUGAGCAGAGGAAAUCAAAGGUUUAAGUUAGUCCAGGAAUCAAAGUGAAAGGCACAAGGAGAUUGAACUUAAUUCUAAGUAUCUGACCUAGGGGCCCUCAGCUCUCAGGCUGAUUGGGAACAGAUACGCUGGGUCUGCUCCUCCAUCUUCAUCACUUCUCCUGAAGCCAAAAGCAGAGAUAAGAGGUACAAGUGAGUUUUGGGGAAAGCUUUCUUAGAAGCAAACCUUGCAAUUGGGGGCCAUGGAGUAUUUCCUUGCUAAGCAUAUUCUUAUUAUGAUUUUUGCAUAUUAAAAAGAGAAUACAUACACACAUCCCAGCAGUGAGGAGCAUCCUGGACUCCUAGAAUAGAAACUGAUGGUCUCCCCUGAUCUGUUUCCCACUCCCAGAGCCUUCUCAAGAAACAAGAUGUUGGUGGAGUGCAGUACAUAGCUAUCACCUUUGGGGCUUGUUGCUUCUUCCUGUGACCUAUAAGUCUCAGCCAAAAGUUUCUGCUCCUUCUCAACUACCCCCAUAUUGCCUUUGGACAUCCAGAAUCUCCCUUCUCUUAGGGACUUGGGUCUGUGACAAGGAAAAAGCUUUGUUCUCUAGGGCUCUCCUUAACCCUUGAGAUAGAGAAUCAAAAUCUUGAAGACUGAACAGGAAGUGCAGAGAAUUUUCCUCACUCACUCAAAUAGGUUCAGGCCCUGCCAUUCCCCCUUGGAGAGAGAGCUCUAGGAACACAGACAAUUCUGCCAAAUGAAUACUCCAAGAGGCAGUGACAGGGAGAUUUGUAUACACACCUGGCACAUCCAAAGGUUUCUGUCAUAAUUCACAAGUAGUAAAUGGUAACGUGUCACUUAGACACAUGCAUGCACGCACACAGAGAGUGGGGCCAUCAGAGGCUUCAUGUCCAGUUCAGACAAGCAGAAGCUCAGCCAUCAGCACACACCUAGAUGUCCAUGCAGACACGCACAUACAGGUGCCUUCACGUGCACUGGCCACGCACACCAGUAGGCACAAGGCAGGCUCUGAGCCUGAGCCUUGAAUCACUAGGAUGGAACUCUCUGCUUGCUUGCCUGCCUGGGGUUCGUGGAGAGGCACUUGGGAGGUUCAGGAGGGGGAAUGGAGGUGGGGGGAGGAAACAAGAAAGGGGGGGAGCCAGGGGAGGCUGCGUUGUCAUGGCGGUCUCAAAGGGGAGACACUGGUGUAUAAAUAAGCAGCGGAGAGCCCUGAAACCAGAACCAGAGACAGCUCCGUGAAGCCCAGCGGCCGCAGCCAGAGCCAGCUGCCAAGAUGCCAGUCACCACUCUGUCGGCCUGCUUCUUCUGCCUCCUUGCUCUCACCUCUGCCUGCUACUUCCAGAACUGUCCAAGGGGAGGCAAGCGUGACCUGGCCGACACAACCACAGCGCUAAGACAGUGCCUCCCCUGUGGUCCUGGGAGCAAAGGGUACUGUUUCGGACCCAACAUCUGCUGCGGGAAAGAACUAGGCUGCUACCUAGGCACAGCUGAGAGCCUGAGGUGCCAGGAAGAGAGUUACCUGCCCUCCCCGUGCCUGUCUGGCCAGAAAUCCUGCGGAAAUGGAGGACGCUGCGCUGCUGCUGGGAUCUGCUGUACUGAUGAGACCUGUAUGAUAGAGCCGGCUUGCCAAGAGGAUUUAGGCAGCCGAAGAGCAAGGGCCAGCGAGAAGAGCAACGGAACCCAGUUGGGUGGACCAGCCGGUGCCUUCCUCCUUCGUUUGGUGCAGUUGGCAGGCCAACAGAUGGGUGAACUGCAACCAAAAUCUCAGGAGGAGGAAGUUGUCUAUUGAUGGUUCUUGCUCCUCACAUGACCCACCCCCCUUCCUGUCUUUAAAGUAAAUACAAAUAAAGAUCUUCAGCUGCA